UCGUAACCCCGCCCAGGGCUGAUGUUUGUGGAUUGUGUUGGCUGCCGGUUAAAGUUGAAAGCCGAUGAAGGAGCGGGCUGCCCGGAACAGUGGUGAAGAAAGGGCCACAUCAUGGUGUCGGCAGACAUCUACGUUGGAAUUCACCACUGCCUUCAGUGAGCCAGCAUGAUCUCUUGAAUGCCUGAGACAAUGGGUAUUUGAAGAUCGAGACCUCUAGAACUGGCACAGAACUAAUGGUCUACCUGCUAGCAGUGAUCCCUGCCCUUGUAUGUUUCUGAGACCCAGAGUACCUACAGCAGUGUCUCAAGGCUUUUGAAAAAUACCACCAACAUUGUUUUGGCAAACUUCUGCAAAUUCACUGGAAGUGCUUAAUCAUGACGACGAAGCGUAAUUUGUUUGGACGGCUGGUGCCAUGUCGUUGUCUCCGGGGUGAAGAGGAAGCAGUCACUGUGUUGGAUUAUUCUCACUGCAGUUUGGAACAAGUACCCAAAGAAAUCUUCCCUUUCGAUAAGACUUUGGAAGAACUUUAUUUAGAUGCUAACCAGAUUGAAGAGCUUCCAAAGCAACUGUUCAAUUGUCAGUCACUACACAAGCUGAGCAUGCCUGAUAAUGACCUAACUGUGUUGCCGGCAUCCAUUUCAAAUCUCAUCAAUCUCAGGGAACUAGAUGUCAGCAAGAAUGGAAUUCAAGAGUUUCCAGAAAAUAUUAAAAACUGCAAGGUCCUCUCUGUUGUUGAGGCCAGUGUAAAUCCUAUUUCAAAGCUUCCUGAUGGCUUCACACAGUUACUGAGUCUCACUCAGCUUUAUCUAAAUGAUGCCUUUUUGGAGUUUUUGCCAGCAAAUUUUGGAAGAUUAACUAAACUGCAGAUAUUGGAGCUGCGGGAAAAUCAACUGAAGAUGUUGCCAAAAACCAUGAGCAGACUGACCCAGCUGGAGAGAUUAGAUUUGGGAAGUAAUGACUUCACAGAUGUGCCUGAAGUGUUGGAACAACUGACUGGACUAAAGGAGUUAUGGAUGGAUGGCAAUAGACUUGCAAUGCUCCCUGGGUUCAUUGGCAAAUUAAAGCAGCUGACAUACUUGGACAUUUCCAAGAACAAUGUGGAGAUGGUUGAUGAUGCCAUAUCCGGGUGUGAGAAUCUCCAAGACCUCCUGCUAUCUAGCAAUGUACUUCAGCAGUUACCUGAAUCUAUUGGUUCUCUUAAAAAACUAACUGCACUUAAGGUGGAUGAAAACCAGUUAAUAAGUUUACCAGAUUCAAUUGGAGGGCUUUCAUGUUUAGAAGAAUUUGAUUUCAGUUUUAAUGAAAUUGAAGUCCUACCUCCUACAAUUGGGCAGUUACAGAAUCAAAGAACACUUGCAGCAGAUCAUAAUUUUAUUACAGAUCUUCCUUCAGAGAUUGGUAACUGCAAGAAUGUGACUGUCCUGUUCCUGCAUUCCAACAAAUUGGAGUACUUGCCUGAGGAAAUGGGAGAGAUGCAGAAACUGAAAGUCAUAAAUCUCAGUGAUAACCGAUUAAAGAAUCUGCCAUUUAGUUUCACAAAGCUGAAUGAGUUAACAGCAAUGUGGCUGUCUGAAAAUCAGUCCAAACCACUUAUUCCCCUUCAGAAAGAGGUGGAUCCAGAUACACAGAAGCAAGUACUCACAAACUACAUGUUCCCUCAGCAGCCCAGAACGGAAGAUGUGUUGUUCAUCUCGGAUAAUGAAAGUUUCAAUCCUUCACUGUGGGAGGAACAGAGGAAGCAGCGGGCUCAAGUGGCUUUUGAGUGUGAUGAGGAUAAGGAUGAAAGAGCGGCACCACCACGGGAAGGUAACUUGAAAAGGUAUCCAACACCAUAUCCUGAUGAACUCAAAAACAUGGUUAAAACUGCACAGAGUGUGGUACAUAGGUUGAAGGAUGAUGGGAAUUCAGAUGACUCUGGAGCUGAAAUGAAGCAAAACGAUGACAGAUCAGUCACAACAAAAAAUUCUAUAGAGGUAAAGGAAUCUGCUGUCGAAAUCAUCAAAGCAUCAGAAAAUGUGGAACUGAAUAUGGUGGAAAAUUGCAUAAACAAAACAGAGCAAGAUUUGAGCAGCAAUGUGGAAGAUACAGAAAUAAAUGCAGUUGUGGAUGAUGCGGAGGAUAUAAGUAAACCUGCUAAUGAUGAUGUCCUUGAGGAUUCUGAAAAUACCACUUCUGAUGAAGAGAUGAAGAUGGCAGAAUUAAGGCCACCCCUGAUUGAAAUACCAAUCACUCAACCAAAAGUAGUUGCACUGAGUAAAGAGAAAAGAGAUGAUGCUGACUCUUUACUUGAGGAGAUAAUUCCAAAUAGUAAUCAGAACAAUAGUAAUUGUUCAACACCAUCUAGGAUAUCGGAUACUGUUUCCUUCAACACAGAAAGCAGCCAGGAGACCUUGCAGUCUACGCCUGACAAAGAUGGUAAAACUACCAUCCCAGUUCUAAAAAGAAACAAUCGAUGUGAUCCUCCUGAAAUUACACUACUACAGAAUGGAGCAAAGUCAAGCACGCCACUUCAAAGCAGCAUGAAAAGUCCUGAGAGGAUUGAUUCUCCAGUAGGGAACAAAGAAACCAUUAAGCUGCGUGAAUUUGAGUUCAAUGCUGAGGAGAAACUAGCUCUUCUGGAGAGGGGUAUUGAUCUGAAUAAUAGUACACAGCAAUACCAGAAAUUGGUCAAGACUGGCAUGAAUAAGAAUGAGCUUGCUGCCGAGGAUAUGAUUCCAGGUUUGGAUGGAGUAACUAAAAGUAGCGUUGAUGGAGUGAUCAUUGCAGAGCAAUCAGGAAAUAUUUUGGAAAGUAAUGCAAAAAUAACAGAACAUUUAAAGAAUGGAAAUGAGAUUCCUAUUACCUUCCCUCAAAAUCAAAUAAAUGGCUGCCCAGAAGAAAUUAAAACGCCUCAACCUCAUAUAGAACCAGAAAAACAAUAUUCACCUGGCCUAUUUUCAAAUGCUGAUGCAGCUAUAUCUAGGAGCACUGAAGAGUUAUCCCCACAGAGGGAAUGUCCACGAGGGCCUGUUGUCAAAUCUCACAGUAUAACAAACAUUGAGACAGGAGGAUUAAAAAUUUAUGAUAUUAUCAAUGACAAUGGACCACAUGAGCAAAGUUUAAUGGUAAAGGUGCCACCCGGAGCUGGUCAAGGGCAAAAUAUAACCCGCAGUAAGUCUGCCAGUCUUCUGAGUGAACAGUCACUACAACCAUUCACUGGAAAUUCUGCAUCGUCCUCAGAUAUUAUGUCAUGCAAAAAAGCAGUAUACACGUUUGAUCAAAAUUUCAACCCUCAAGGCAUCAGUUUAAAGAGAGGACCUAUGGUUGUUGCACAGAUGCCUACAGUACCUCAGUAUAAUGUCCAGUACAGCAGUAGUGCAAUAACCAAAGAGAAUGUGUGGCCACAGAGACAAGCAUUUCAUACAGAGCAAAGUAAUGUACCUUCCCAGCAUCACCUGAGGUCGGAGACGCUUGACAAUGCCAAUUAUGUAAAGCAUUCUGCAAACAUGAACUUCUCUAAUCGCAAUAAUUCCCAAUCCAGCAUGUCUUACAAUGUGCAGCAGAGGAUAGGACCUCGACAGAUGGAGAUGUGGGGCUGUUCACCAAACGAGAGGAUGAUUCAGACCACUCAGAGGGGCACCUUGCAAAGACAGAGCAGUGUCUCAUCCAAUUCUUCUGUCACGCUUCCAGAAACACUUCACUGUCGGCGGGUUCCAGUUCCUGAGGCGGAUUAUAUGACUUACAGGGAUUUGCACACACUUGGAAGAGGACCCCCAAUAGCUCAGGGUUCACAAAGACCUUUGUCUGCGAGGACUUAUAGCAUUGAUGGGCCAACUGCAUCCAGGCCUCAGAGUGCUCGGCCACAUGUAACUGAUGCUCCAGAGAGAACAAUGUCUAUCAGCGAUUUCAAUUAUUCACGGACUAGUCCGACUAAAAGACCAAAUGUGAGAGUGAAAUCUGAGCAUUCACUUUUGGACGUACAGGGGACCAACAAGGUUCCACCUGAUUGGAGGGAGCAGGUGUUGCGUCACAUUGAAGCCAAAAAGUUAGAAAAGAGCAUGCUGUCUAGGUCGUUUAAUUUCAAUUAUGCUGCUUUUAGCAGCAUGCACUCUGGAAGCUGUAGGGAACUGCACGACAGCCAGGGCAACCUUGCCUUGAGUGUUGCAGAUGGAAGGAAUUCCGGAGUGCACAUGUUCCGUUAUCCAUCACAAGGUAACAGUAUUGGGGACCCAAGUCAAGAUGAUGUCUUCAGCACUGGCCUACAGAAUUAUUCAUCUGGUACAGUUGGUAUGAAGGAUAUACCUCCAGACAAUAUAAGGAAAAUGCCUUUGACAAAUGGCCAAAUGUACCAACCUUCAAGAGUUCCAUUAAACUGCAACCAACCCCACCAUACGAUGUCCCAAGUAACUGUUGGGAGGCAUCCUUCUAGGGAGCAACUGAUUGAUUACCUAAUGCUAAAAGUGUCUCACCAACCGCCAUAUACUCCAACACAAGGUGCAUCCACAAAUCAUCUGAUGAGACAAUGUCGUGAUAUUGUGCAGCAAGAGAUGCAUAUUAAAAUAGAUAAAAAUCCUGAGCUGGGUUUCAGCAUAUCUGGAGGUAUUGGAGGGCGAGGGAACCCCUUCAGACCUGAUGAUACUGGUAUAUUUGUAACUAGAGUUCAACCUGAAGGUCCAGCUUCAAAACUGCUUCAGCCUGGAGAUAAAAUAGUUCAGGCCAAUGGGUACAAUUUUGUGAAUAUUGAGCAUGGACAAGCAGUGUCACUGUUAAAAACCUUCCAGAAUGCAGUGGACUUAAUUAUCCUAAGGGAAGUUGCAUCCUAAUGGUGAAUUGUGGACAAUAAGAAGAAAUCAACCAAUGUGAUCAGUUUUUAUAAGUAAUUGUGUAGCAAAAAAAUGCAGCUGAUAUCACUUUUUUUACUUGGAGAUGAGGGAGGAUCAAUGGACGGUUCAGAUUGUCAGAUGAGUUUAGGCUGUAUAAUAAUGUAUUGGCAAUGUAGAGCUUUGGUAUAAGGGGCACAACCACUCUGUACAAUGAUAGGGGUACAGAUGCAGGGACUGAAAUAGGUUAUAGAAGCAAAUAUUGCAGGGUGAAGAAUUAACAUAGUAAACAUCAACGAACAAACCUGUGUGCUUUUCUGUACAGAUUUUAGGUUUUAUUUUUGGAUAAUCUUAUAUAUUACUAAAGAAACUGUACAAGGCUUAAGUAGUGAGCCUGAUUUUAGCUCAGGGACAGGUGGCAGGGCUAUCUGUUCCAUAGAUUUAAGCCUUUUAUUUUUAAUCACCUUUGUAUCAUUGUUAAACGCUGAAACCACUGGGUAAGAUGUCCAGGAGCUGGAAAAUGGAUGUGUGUACAUUGUUUAGACGAAUGGGUAGAUGUAUGGUUUGAGCAUAUACAAUUAAGUGACCUUGCUGGGAGUAUCUGAAAGAACUGAAUAUGGGGCUAGGUUACCAAAGUAAGUAUGGUUUGAUGAUGGAGAAGUUAUUAUUGAAAGUUGGAUUGGGGAAGGAAACAGCAAAUUAAACCUGUCUGCGAUAAUCUGUUUCUCCUAAGAAAGUUCUGAAUUGUGAAUUGGAUUCUUCAAGAACGGUUACCAAGGGGUUCUUAGUCCUUCUGCAAAGAGAGGAUUGUGGUUAUGCUGCCUACUACUCUGAGAAUGUUAUUUUAUUACACUUAUCAUUUCUAGUGCAUUUGGCCAACAUUUUAAAUAAAAACUUUCUAUCUUUACUAAAAAAAAACAAAAGGAUAUAAUUAACAAUACUGAUGCAUAUUGAUCAGCUUUGUGUAUCACAAUAAAAGUGCCAUAGGAGACCAAGGACUAUCUUUUUAAAUGCAGGUUUAAAAACUCUGCUAAGAAGCAAUACUGUAAGUCUAUUUAGUGAAGAGGGUGUAGAUCUGAUAUUAUGAGUACCUGUUUAAAAACAAAAAAAAGUUAUAUUCCAAGAUGAUCAUUAAAUGAGCAAAGAAAAAAGCAAACUGCUGGAGGAACUCAGUGGGUCAAGCAGCAUCUGUGGACAUUAAAUGAGUUGAUUUAUUUCAUAAAAUGUCCAUUCUAAAUAUUAUCAUGGGGAAACCCUUUGAUUUUUCCCAUUAUGGUGCUGAAGGGUAUUUCCCACACCAGUGGAAUCAGAUUGUUCAAUGAAGUAGCUAUAAGGGUGUAGCAUUAACACUUAUCUACAUAAAUGAAAACAGACCCCUGCUUGGGUAGUUCCAGUAUGUUGCAGGAAAUCUUAAUGACUUCAUGUUCUUGAAUACAGGUAUCCUGUAGCAGCAUUCCCGUUAAGAUGAAUUAUAUAAAGUUUGUUGUGGGUGUUGAGAACAUGAAAGAUUUUUAAAAGAAAUCUGUUGGUUGCAAGGUCACAAGCUGCAUUGAUUGCUGACUAAAAGUUUUAUUUUAAGUUUUUUUUUACCCAGGCAUGGUUUUUAAAAGUGUGGAAACAGAUUUUAAUCAUUUGCCCUGAUGGGGAAUAAUACCAUUCAGCUGCUUGGUAGUAGUAUAACAAAAUAUAUACAGAAGUGUACAUUGUAUUUCAAUGAAAUAGCCAAUUGGUAAGCAUUGAAGUUUUUAAUACAUUUUCAAGCUGGAAUUGCCUUUCAUGAACUUGGUGAUCAUAUAGUACUAUUGUUUAAAAGCUUUGCAUUAUAUAUGCACUUUCAAAUUACGUUUUGGGUGAAAAGAUUCACAUUUUUAUUCAUGAAUUUUCAGAUAUAAUCUGAGGUACCUUGAACUAACUGAUUUUCGCAUAACCUGAAGAAUAAUUUUCAAACCAAGUUUGAGCUGGUUAAUCUAUUGGAUUGGAUCAGGAUGAUAGAUGUUAUGCCAUCUACUUGUCAAAAUUCAAAUAUAUUGCAGAUUUUGAUUAAGCCAUAUCCUAUAACAUUGUUGACUGUGGGGAAAGAGGGUGUAUGUCUAAGCAAUCAACUUAUUUUUCCCUUUGACUCUGUUUUAUCUAAUGGUUGAAGUUUUUUUUUGUGCCAUGGUCAGUUUGUCAUCUUUGAUUAUAGGUUAGUGGUAAUUUAAGUAACUGAUGAAUCUCUGUUGAUGGCCAACUCAUGAAAGGUGUAAUUCAGCUGUAUAAGUAAACCACAAAUAAAUUGAAAAAUCUUAAACAUUCCCAUGUAUUUAUUAUGUAAUUUAUUUAUUCUGAUGGUUUCUUGUGGGCUGGAUUUUUCUAAAGUUUGUAUAUAGUUGAACAUGUCCUUGAUUAGAACAAAUAUAAAAUGAACAAAAAGUAGCCACUAUUCUUGUUUCCCACAGUAAUGCUGUAUUCCUGAUACAUUUUAAACCAUUGCCUAUAUUUUGAGCAAGUCUGUGAUGUUUGAAAAGAGCUACAUUUGUUCAACAUUCCACAUUUUGUAUAUAACUAGAUGGUUUCUAACAUAAUCGACAAUAAUUAGGGUCAACUAAUGCUCUUCACAAUCUGAUUUACUUUGUACAAUUUUAGUUUGUAAACAAGGCAGUUUGUUGUAUAUGAAAUCUCAAAUUGGUCAAAACUGUUGUGUGUCCCACUGACAUGAAAAUGAUUUGUAAAUCCACUCACUUUACAAAGGUGCAAAUGGCUUCUAUAUGUUCCUAUUGUGGUUUAUUAAAAAAAAAAGGAAUCACU